AUGGGCCAGCUCGGUGAUCUAUCACCCCAGGGGAGCAUUGCGAUUGGUGUCUUAGUUGGUCUAAUUUCGACAAGUCUACAAGCCAUCGGCCUGACCCUCCAACGCAAGUCGCAUAUUCUUGAAGACGAGAAGUAUCCGUACGAUAUUCGCAGACCACCGUACAAACGCACAAGAUGGCAGCUUGGGAUGUCGAUGUUUGUUCUCUCCAAUAUCGUUGGCAGUACGAUCCAAAUCACGACGCUUCCUCUUCCGGUGCUUUCAGCCCUACAGGCGUCGGGGCUCGUUUUCAACACGAUCUUUGCAACGCUAAUUCUAGGAGAGCCGUUUACGCGCUACUCUUUCGGCGGCACUGUCCUCGUAUGCGUCGGAGCAGUAUUGAUCGCAAUAUUCGGCGCUAUCGGUGAACCGGCGCAUACACUGGAUCAGCUUCUUGAACUUUUAAGCCGUCCAGCGUUCCUCCGCUGGGUAGCAGGAACUGCCGUCAUUGUCGUGGCCACACUUUUCGGAUCUCGCGUGUUGAAAGGCCCUUCAACCUCUGGCCGGACCAGUGGUUGGAAGUUUUGGAAGAAGAGCCCUAAAUCGUACACGGCACAUCAUUACCACCAUCACCACAGCCCGCGUAUAAAGACGCUUCGGGGAAUCUUGUACGGCGCAGUCAGUGGAAUACUCUCCGCACAUUCACUUCUCGUCGCGAAAACGGCAGUUGAACUGCUCGUUCGCACCAUACUUGAUCGGGUUAACCAAUUCAACCGAUGGCAGUCUUGGGUUAUCCUGCUCGGCCUGGUGGCCCUCGCCCUCACCCAGUUAUACUAUAUGCACCGCGGCCUCAAGUUGUGCAGCACGAGCAUCCUUUACCCAUUUGUGUUUUGCAUCUACAAUAUUAUCGCAAUUUUGGACGGUCUGAUAUAUUUCCACCAAGCCUCCCGCUUGUCAGGUCUGCACGCUGGGCUUAUAGCACUGGGGACGGUCAUUUUGCUCUCUGGUGUGCUCUGUCUUUCGUGGAGACUGGAAGAAGCCCCAGGCCACCCGGAACCCGGCCCAGCACCAAGCGCUCUGGCUCCAGGAUUGGGUAUUCUGGAUGAACAAGCCACCUCUCCGACUUAUGCAGACUUCAUCUCCCCAUCCGACGAAGAAUCAUAUGCCGCGGAACGGCAACCGCUCCUAGUACAAACCCCAAUCCACCAACGUACCCCAUCCCGCCUCUACACAUCCACAUUUUCCCGAACCUCCCCCCGUCACCGCCACAGCAUCAACCUCACCAACGAAGCCGAACAGAUCUGGGCCGAUCUCUACGACGAAAGCAACACCAUUAAUGGCAAACCUCCCCGCUCCCCAACCUCCCUCCAUCGCCAACACCACCACAGACAUCAACGCAGCAGCAGCGGCGCUGCCUCCCUCCCGCCAAACCAAUCACCACCCAUGCCUGGACGAGGAGGCAAAUCCAUAAAAUGGAAAGGCGUCCUUCAAAACGGCCUGGGCAGCCGCUCUCGCCCGCAUCAUACCCGAAACGUGUGGCGCCGCGCGUCCACGCCCGUGGUGGUGGCAGAGGAAAAUCCCCAGGGCCAUAGGACCGUUGUGCAUCGAGACGUGGGCGCGAAUGCCAGCGUGCGUGCUGGAGAGAAUAUUCUCUCUGCGUCGCCCGGUAUGACAGGGGGUUCUGAGACACAGGGGCUAUUCGAGCGAAGCGGUGACGAGCAGUCGAGCGCGCGAUCAACGUGGCUGGGACGAUUGUUUCGUCGUCGGUGA